ACUUUCAUCAGAAAAUCGAUUUUCUUCUGAGCUUAAUUGUACUACGACUUUACGAGUACUGCAAAUGCAGGCGAAUACGGGAAAUUUCUAGACCUUAACACCUCGUGCUGUAAUAAAUCUGUAUGUACAACAUUACUGCGACUUGCGUGAUUAUUGGUAAUUUAGGAUGUCUUACUUAUGUUUAAACAGGAUCAUUCGGUCACUAAACUGGCGCUACCAGCACAUUUUUCCUGCCAAGGUGAAUGUGUCCGUCCUUUUCUGGAUGUUGGAUCCGGUAUAAUUUAACACAGCCGAGUCCGACCGUGAAUCGUGAUGCUAGUUCCGUUCAACUUUUGAUCACUAAUUUUCAGAACUAGCUUUCUUUAAACUGGAUACUGUGUAGUAAUGGAGAAAAAACGCUCUCUUUUAAGCCGCGUAGUGGACGCCCAUACUUCCGGAAAACUGCGCCGACUUCACAGUAGUCAUAGUCUUUCGACUGAUGGCCAUUCGCAUAACGAAAGCAGUCAUGCAGGACAUUCGCCGGUGGUCAGUCCCGGCGCGUCACCGCGCGCACACCAUAAGCCAGACGAUAGCCACAAAAGCCCAGGACAUCAUCCUCACCCGUCAAGUAAACCACCGGAUAAAGUCGAAUUUAAAACACGAAAGAAAAAAAUGGACAGCGAAGCGCCCGGCGCCAGUGGACUGAGCGAUGCGAUCAAAGCGGAAAUGACGCACAUCUUACUGGAAGCGGUAUCCAAAUGUAGCCGACAAAAAAUGAGAUUCAUUCUCAUGACCUUGCGACGAUUGGGUGGAGUGGAUGGGUACAUGAGUUAUGCGGAUUUCACCCGUAUCUUGCAGGAUAAUGGCUUAAGCAUCCCAUCUACCGCUUCCGGACUGGUGCAAAGUAAUUGUUCAACUAGUUUGGGAGUUGAUUCGGAAAAAGUUUGGAAGCUCCUAAUGGAAGUUCAUGCACAAACCGACAGGGAUAGCGUGCGCGCCCGAAAAAGCUUGCACAUGCGCACACCUAUCAUAUCGGUGUUCGCCGAUCCGGGUGGCGAUCGGGAACUUUUGGAACGGAUGGAAACAGAGCUUUUAGCGGCAGGAGCCGGGAUAACCGAAGCCGAUGACAAAACUAACAUUCGAUUUGACAUGGACGCAUUCAAGACAGCAGUUUUAGCUUUGGAUAAAACCAGACAAGGUCACAUUCCCAACACGCAGCUCGUAAAAGUGUGCCGGGAUUAUGGAUUUCCGGUUAAAGGUGAACUACUUAAAAGCCUCCUUAUACGGUGCGAUGACGACAAUAAUGGCCGCAUCAGCCAUCGGGAGUUGUUUGUCCUGCUGGAUAAAGCCUAUGACAGCGCGCUAAAAAUCAAUCCCCGUUUAUUUCAAAAGCCGGACGAUGCCGGCAGCAAGAAGAAAGUGGAUGCCGGUAAGUUGCUGGAAGACGGUGCCGUCACGCAGAUGGGACGGCCGACCACGCCCAAAUCAAAAAGCACUCCCGGCAACAAUAGUCUGGAAGCGGGAGAAUACGGGAGUGCGGUGCCCGGCGAAUCGGUGGAUCAGCCCAAUCAAGCACUACUGGGAUUGCCGGAAGAACAAACCGGGAAAGGUGCACCUAAAGGUCGGGUUGGUGGACGGCUGAAAGGGUUUUUGGGGCGAAAGAAGACAUCGGGCAGUUUGAAUGCUUCCGGCGAUCAGAUAGGAAACAGUUCGCUUGAUUUGCGCAGUACCGCUGGGGACAACACUUCAUUAGCAUCGUCGAUAUUUUCUGCUAUCAGCCGAGGAACUACGAGCACCGGCAUGUACAAUAACAAUCGGGAAUUAACGGCCAACGGCUUGGCCGAACGACCAAUCAACCCGGUUGUGCGAAAAAUUGCGGAUCAGAAGUUGGUUUUAUGGCCGCCAGAUGAAUAUUUUGAUUCCGUCACACCAAAACUCCGCUAUCCAAAAUUGGAAUGGGUUUAUGGAUACAGCGGUUUUGCACACCGUGGAAAUAUUCAUUUGCUAUGGAAUGACGAUCCUGACGACGCGAAUAAUCCCAAUAAAAUCAGGACCGGCAAAAGAAUUGUCUAUUUUGUUGGCUUAAUUGCCGUGGUCCAUGACCUUUCCGCUAACAGCCAAGGAAUUUAUGCUGAACAUGACGGACUCAUACAAUGUCUUAGCGUAAGCGGAAAUGGAAAACUCGCCGCCACUGGUCAGUCAUCAUCAAAGGACACUACGACAUCCGGAUCUAUUAAUGAUCAAAUACUGGCUGGAAUUCGAAUAUGGAGUAUAAACAGCCUUAAGACCUUGCACGUCAUCAAAGUCAGCACUGGUCCGUUGGUGCGAUCGGGAAGCUUCUCGGGGUCCACCGGCGAUAGCGGCGAAAAUUCCCAGUCGUUCCAUUGGACAACAACCGGCGUGGUGGCGCUGUGUUUUACUAAGGACAAUGAUAGUCUGGUGGCGUUGGAUGAAGGGGUGCCCAGUGCCACUGCGGACGCCGAUGCGCGAUUAGGUCAAUACCGUGCGGCUGCCGGAAACAAAGCCCCGAUGCGCACACUGACCAUCUGGUCAGUGGACACUGGUCAUCUCGUCAUACAGAAACCCUGCACGGAUAGUGCCGUCAUCUGCGGACUGAAAGCUCUCCAAAAAAAGGACAAUCUGUUCGUUAUAUUUGGACGGAAUUUGAUGGAGCAAUGGCGAAUUAUUCCCAGUGAACGUAAAGUAGAAUUUGUCCGGCAGUAUGUUUUCGGCCAUAUCCCGAAGCCAUCUAUUGUAACGGCGAUUAUCGAGCUGCAGGAGUUUGGACAAGUCGUUUCCGGUGAUUCGGACGGUAACGUGAUUGUAUGGAGCGACGAAAUGCGUCCCAAGACGAUUCUACAGCCGGGCAACAAGGUGCCAGUGUUCGCCGUGUGCCAGUUGAACGAUAACCAAGUGGCUGCCGGUUCGCGCGAUGGGAAGAUUGUCGUUUUGGGCAUUCCUUCGCAACUUCCGCAGCAAAAUUCGGGAUCCCAUGGCAAUGCCGCUGUAACAGCGUCCGCUGCACAAAAUGUCGCUGUGGGUAAAUUGCAGUUAGCGGAAGAAUUUGGGGGUGUUCGUGUGAUGUUAUCCAGCAACUACAAACCGCAACGAAACACCGCAACAGCAUCCGAUAACCAACCGCAAUCAGACAACAACAGUGACCUUUACAACAUCCUAAUCGGCACAACCGCGAAUUGCAUCCUGAGAGCCGAACUGCCGACACUAACCGACAACGCAUUCGGCGCGGCACUGGAAAUUCCUUUGACCGCCACUAUUCUAACUGCCGGUCAUUUUGAUCGCGUUACCAGCUUGACGGCGUUUAGCUUCACGGAAGAAAUCCCGUCGGUUAAUACAGAGGAAAAGGAUGCCGACGGCGCUCAGCCGUUCGUGUCGACAUUGUCACCGCCCAGUCUGUCGCUGGCCGUCACCGUGGGCAUGGACGGUAACGCCAACUGCUACGACCUCCAGGCGCACAGCGUCCGUUGGCGUUUAUUCCUCAAGGAUUCCAUGUUGUCGGCCCUGGAUGGGUUUGCGCCGUUCCUCGCCAUGGGCACGGCGGAUGGAAAGCUAAAGGUGUACAAGCAGAAAGAUUUACAGCUGGUUCAGUUGUUUCAGGCAAAUGUGGGACAAGGGCGCGUGUCGUGUAUUAAAUUUUCGCCGGAUGGAAGCCGAUUAGCCGUGGCAAGCCAGGAUUCCGAAAUUUACAUAUAUAAAUUUCUCGAACAGAAUGGCGACGAGACGUCAACCUCGCCGACAUUGUCCAUUCUGGGCAAAUUCGACAAACACGACUAUCCACCUGUGGCCGUUGACUGGUCCCGCAAUCCUGCACGCGACGAUCACUACGUUAUCCACAGCAAUUCUUAUCACUUUGAGAAUUUUCUGUGGGAUGCGGAAAAUCUGGAUUACCUGGAGGAAUCCCAUUUUUACAGAAAUGUCAAGUGGCAUACCCAGAGUUGCAUCUAUGGGUUUCCGGCUGUUACCAGCGUAACUGGCGAGACGUCAGUGGACGGCACUGUCGUGUGUACGGAGGUGACGCCCACGCUGGACAUGGUGGCCGCCGUCACUUCCGACACCGCCGUCAUCGACCGCUCAACGCAGGCGGCCGGCGACCAGCGCGCUAAUAAGACCGUCAACAAAGGCAGCUCUGUGCUGGGAUUGUUUUCGUAUCCUAAUGCGAAAUCCCAACUCAACCAUAAACAUCGAACGCCGUCUACUGCGAUCAGCGCCAUUAAAUUUGCCUAUGUUAGUAACCAGCUGUAUCUGCUUUGCGCGCAUGAUACCGACGGAAGUGUAACACAAUGGUUAUUACAGUAACACAAAAUUGUUUGCUAUAGCUAUAGCAUUGUAUUAUAUUACAAUGAUUGCGCUUAUUUCGGCUCCCGGCAUGAAAACGACACAUGAAAACUCUUUUGCUCGCAAUACAUACAUUACUGAUUCCAUUAAAAGAUCACUUGCUAAUGUAACAGAAAAAGAAUAACAUUGUUUAAAUAAGCAUUACCGAAUUAAUUCCAUGUUGUGUUCGGAAGAAUAUGGUAAAUUUAUUCAUCAGCAUUCAUGUGAUUAGCCAUUUGUACAACUCUCAAGAAAGGGUCUUGCCGCCAUAGAAUCUCGAAUUAGGUGCAGCAGCUGGUGUCCAUAAAUCUGUAAAUGAUUAAA